AUGGCCCACGCCGCCGUAGCAGCGGACUCCAGUGCCGUCGACGCCGACGACAACAGCUUCCGGCUGCUGUCGGUCUCCUGGAACCAGGACAGAAGCUGCUUCACGGCGGCGACGACCGCCGACUUCCGCGUCUUCAACUGCGCCCCGUUCCAGGAGAGCCUGCGCCGCGUCUUCCCCAGCGGCGGCGGCGGGUACGCCAUCGUCGAGAUGCUGUUCCGCAGCAGCGUCUUCGCGCUGGUCGCCGCGGGGGAGGCCGGGAGGCACAGGGUCGAGCUCUGGGACGACAAGAAGAACAAGCGCAUCUGCGACAUCACCGGCAUCCGCUCCGCCGUCCGCGCCGUCCGGGUGUCGAUGGCCUACCUCGCCGUCGUCCUCGACCGGACGGUCAGGGUCUACGAGCUGGGCGACCUGGCGCGGCCGCUCUGGAAGAUCCCAACGGCGCUCAACCUGCGGGGGCUCUGCUGCCUGUCCUGCCACGCGGACUCGUCAGGCUCCGGCGGCGUGCUGGCCUGCCCCGGGACGGCGAGCGGGCAGGUCCGCGUCGAGGACCUGGGCAAGGAGCAGGCGGCGACGAGGCUUAUCGCGGCGCAUAGCUCGGAGGUCGCGUGCAUGGCGAUGACCACGGACGGGGCCGUGCUGGCCACGGCCAGCGUGAAGGGCACCCUCGUCAGGGUGUUCAGCACCAUGGACGGGACUUGUUUGCAGGAGGUGCGUAGAGGGGCUGACCAAGCUGACAUACAUAGCAUUGCUCUGUCGCCGAAUCUGCGGUGGUUGGCGGUGUGCAGCGACAAAGGAACCCUCCAUGUCUUCAGCCUGAGAGUUAGAGAUGCAGGUGGCAACCAAUCUGCCGCAGCAGGUUCAGUCGUGCAAACGAACACCGCAUCCAAUGCAAGAUCCUCCUUGUCUUUCAUGAAAGGGAUUCUGCCCAACUAUUUCAGCUCAGAGUGGUCAUUCGUCCAGUUCCGUUUACCUGAAACCACACGCUACGUUGCAGCAUUUGGAGAACAGAACACUGUGAUGAUUAUUGGGAUGGAUGGAAGUUUCUACAGAUGCGGCUUUGACCCUGUAAAUGGCAAGGAGAUGGUGCGGAAGGAAUAUUUCCGGUUCCUCGAGGAUAAGGACUCUCCUCCAAUUAGGACUUUAUCAAAGAAAAAACUUGAGCUUCAUGAUGUCUGA